AUGGCCUUCUCAUCCCUUUUCGGCGGCGCCACCACCUUCAAUGCCGCCAAAGACAUGCCGUCGCUCGCGGGCAAGGUCGUCCUCGUGACGGGCGGCAACAGCGGCCUGGGCAAGCAGUCGGUGCUGGACCUCGCGCGGUACGGCAAGCCCGCCGUCGUAUGGCUGGCGGCGCGAAAGCUGGAGCGCGGCCAGCAGGCCGCCGACGACAUCGCCGCCCAGCUCCCCGCCGGCUCCACCCCCGCAGCCACAAUCAUCAAGGCGCUCGACCUCGACCUGGCGUCCUUCGCCUCGGUCCGCGCCGCCGCCAAGCGCGUCGUGGCCGAGUCCGCCCGCCUCGACAUCCUGCUGCUCAACGCCGGCAUCAUGGCCACGACCGCCGCGCUCACCGCCGACGGCUACGAGGACCAGUUCGGCACCAACCACAUGGGCCACGCACUCCUCACCAAGCUGCUGACACCGCUCCUGCUGCAAACCGCCGCGACCACACCCAACCCGGACGUGCGCGUCGUAGUGGUAUCAUCCGAUGGCCACGCCAUGGCGCCCCCGCCGGGCAUCCUGUUUGACAGCCUCAAGAGCACGCAGGCGGCCGAGCUGAACACGGUCGCGCGCUACGGCCAGAGCAAGCUGGCCAACAUCCUGUUCGCGCGCGAGCUGGCGCGCCGCUUCCCCGGGCAGCUGCGCGCCGCCGCCGUGCACCCGGGCCUGGUGAGCACCAACCUCGCGCACAAUCUCAGUGCGCGCUACCUCGCCAUCCGCCUGCUCGUCCUCCCCGUCGCAAAUGCGCUGUUGACCGUGUCGACCGAGACCGGCGCCAGGAGCCAGCUGUGGGCGGCGACGGCCCCGGCUGCGCAUGUCGAGAGCGGGCUGUACUAUGUCCCGGUCGGCAAGAAGGGGGGCAAGAAACAUGCGCGUGGGGAGGAUGAUGAGCUCGCCGCGAAGCUGUGGGAAUGGACAGAGAAGGAGCUCGAGGGGCAGGAGAUAUGA